CGAGGAUUGGAGAACAAACAUUGAAGAGUGUGUGUGUCAGUGAUCGAAGAAAAAUGGUACGAGUUGACAAAAGAGUUGCAGCAGUGUUGCUGUUGCUGUGUGUUAAUGCUUUUGUGGCCAAUGUUGUGGUUGCAAGGAAUUUGGCGAGUGUGAAUGAGGAGAAGAACUUCGGAUUUGGAAAGGGAGGUGGUUUUGGAGGAGGGUUUGGUGGUGGUGGAGGAGCUGGUGGUGGUUUUGGGGGUGGCUUUGGAGGUGGUGCAGGCGGUGGGGCUGGAGGUGGAGGAGGCUUUGGUGGUGGUGCAGGUGGCGGUGGGGGACAUGGACUUGGAGGAGGUGUUGGUGGUGGGUUUGGUAAAGGAGGAGGGAUCGGUGGUGGAAUAGGUAAGGGUGGAGGAUUUGGUGGAGGCGGUGGUGCUGGUGGUGGUGCUGGCGGUGGUGGAGGGCUUGGUGGAGGACAUGGCAUUGGUGGCGGUGCCGGUGGUGGAUUUGGGAAGGGUGGAGGUCUUGGUGGCGGACAUGGUGGUGGUGCUGGCGGUGGUGGAGGGCUUGGUGGAGGACAUGGCAUUGGUGGUGGUGCCGGUGGAGGGUUUGGUGGUGGACACGGUGGUGGACUUGGUGGUGGACACGGUGGAGGACUUGGUGGUGGACAUGGUGGUGGACUUGGUGGUGGUGGCGGCUUUGGAAAAGGUGGUGGUCUUGGUGGAGGACAUGGGUUCGGUGGCGGUGCCGGUGGCGGAUUUGGAAAGGGUGGAGGUCUUGGUGGUGGACACGGUGGUGGAUUUGGUGGUGGUGCCGGUGGUGGUUUCGGAAAAGGUGGAGGACUUGGCGGUGGUGUUGGUGGAGGACAUGGAAUUGGUGGUGGUGCCGGUGGUGGGUUUGGAAAGGGUGGUGGACUUGGAGGUGGAAUUGGCAAAGGGGGAGGAUUAGGUGGUGGUGCUGGUGGCGGCUUUGGAAAAGGUGGUGGUUUAGGUGGUGGUGUUGGUGGUGGAUUUGGAAAGGGUGGUGGCCUUGGAGGAGGAAUUGGCAAAGGUGGUGGUUUUGGUGGCGGUGUUGGAGGAGGCUCAGGUGGCGGCAUUGGUGGAGGAUUUGGUAAAGGUGGAGGUUUCGGUGGUGGUAUUGGAGGGGGAUCUGGUGGUGGCUUCGGAGGAGGUGGAGGUGGAGGUGGAGGUGGAGGUGGAGGUGUAGGUGGUGGAUUUGGUGGAGGAGCAGGAGGCGGGUUUGGUGGAGGAGCUGGUGGGGGAGCUGGUGGCGGAUUUGGCGGCGGUGGCGGAGCUGGUGGAGGUGGUGGCAUUGGAUUUCACCACUGAGUGCUUUUUACGUUGCAUGCAAUGCAUGAAACUUUAUUAUAUCAUCAUAUAUACUAUUUUAAUUAAUUUGUUGCACUUGCAAUAUAAUUCUGAAUUGGUUUUUGUCAAAAGUUUAUGCAUGAGAAAAAUAUUUACGCUCUAAUAAUAUUUUGUUAUAAUAUUCAUUGAUGUACUUCUCCUUGCCGAUAUUAAAGUUUAAUGAAAGAAUAGACAUUUUCUUCC